AAAUACACGGGGAUUACUCAAAGCGCCUAGGCUGUCAGCUGCCUAAUUCGUUCUGAAGUAUCCUUUGAAUUUUAAUAAUUUGUCUUCAGUAUUAAAGAAAGUGCUAAACUGAAACUAGACUAAACCUAUUUUGUGCAUUGUUCCCUGCCUGUGAUUAGUCGAAUUGUCAAUAUCAAGGUGAAUAUAACCACCAAAGUGGUUUACAUUUGUAUCUUUACCUGUUUCUACUGAUUGAGAUUAGUUGGUUUAAAAUGCCCCCGUCUUUAUUAGCUUUUCAGCAUUCAUUAUGAACACUUUAUUUUAAUGUAGAGGUUGGUUAGGAGCUGGUUGUAGUUCGGUAUCUUAGAGAAGGUUCCAGUUUGCGCAAUGCCAGAAACUGUUGCUGUGAAAAGCUUUAAAGAUGGGCAGCAAGAGGAACAAGAGUUGGCCUCCAAAGCUCUUCGUAUACAAAAUAAACGAUUCUACCUAGAUAUCAAGCAAAAUAAGAGAGGUCGCUUCGUGAAAAUAACUGAAGUUGGCAAUGGAGGACAGAAAUCGCGCAUCUUGAUGUCAAUGCCUGUUGCUCUGGAAAUGAAAGAAAAAAUUAACAAACUUAGUGACACAUAUAGUCAACUUCCAUCUCACAAUCGUGAGUCACUCGCACAAGAUGGGCGUAUUGCGUCUGACAUUAUUGUUCGUGAUAGCAGGCGCUAUUAUCUUGAUCUCAAGGAAAAUGAACGUGGUCGUUUCCUGCGUCUCGCUAUGCUUUCUAUGGGCGUUCGUGUUCAGAUUGCAAUCCCAGCUCAGGGUAUGAUCGAACUGCGCAAUGCAUUGACUGAUCUUAUACAAGGCUAUUCAGGAGAUAUGGAGAAUGAUAUAUUUUCAGACUUACCUGAAUCUAAAGUACUCUUCGUAGGCAACAAGACAUUUUAUUUCGAUGUUGGUUCUAAUAGAUUUGGUAUAUUUCUGCGUAUAUCCGAAGUUCGUGCUAACAUUCGUUCCUCAGUCACCAUACCUGAACAGCAUUGUACGCGAUUUUGUGAUAUUAUUACUGAGUUGGCAAACAAAAUGUCCAAUCAAAAGCUAACUAACGGAGUGUCUGAGAAUGGAAACAAUUCUGACCAACCAGAAGAAAAAGCUGAAGAUGAUGUAAAAGAAGAUACGAAUGGGGAUUCGUCGGUCGCAUCGUAAUGCGUUUUCUAUGAUCUCAGAAAUGUUGUAUGGCAUUUAUUGUGAUGGGGGCUACUGGUGUUUAUUAUUCGUUUUACUUACAAAUGUCCUAUUUUAUCUCCCUCUUAUGGACAUCCAAUUAGGCUGGACCGUUUUAUAUAAUAAUUGUUUUAUUUUUUAUGUAACUUAGUUUGUUUUUUAGAUAUACGCACAUUAGUUUGCAUUUCUUUAAUUUGUUUUUAUGCGCAUGUGCUUAAUAGUCAUGUGUAUUAUUAUUUAUAUUUGUGUGACUUGUCCUUCUCCAUAUUAUACAUAAUAUGAAUAUUCAUUUUUUCUGCAGCUUUUAUGUGACUUUAAUAUAUAUAAUAUAAUUUAUCGUGUUA